AUGGAGUUAUCAUGUCGUCUUACGUUUUGUGAAGCCCAAGCUUAUGUUGACGUCCAAUUUUGGCAAAGGUUGAGGCAUCUCAAAUUGUCUGAGUGGAAGUUGAGUGACCAAGUGGUGCAUAUUCAUGGAACACUUCGAACCGAUAUUUCGGCAAAUGCUUGUGUUGAUGAUUGUUCAAUGGUAUGUUUCAGUCAGGAUGCUUUUAAUGAUGAAGAAGCGUAUCUUUCUUCGACAUCACAAAGUAGUUUUGUUAGUGUUCGGUUUCCUGGGUGUUUAAAAAACUUUAAUUUCCUUACGGAACUACUUGAUCUCGACACAAAAGCAAGCCUUAAUGAUAUGCUUUGCUCCGAAUUACUUAUUCCUCUUCUUUGCACUGAAUACACCUCGCUCCAGGAAGAGGAGGAAGCAUGGCGUGCGGCCAAAUACACGCCGUUUGUGAUGUUUACUUAUGUUGAUGCGAAGUCUUACCUUUUCUACCACCGAGAGGCCUUUCCGUCCUUUGCCCUUAAUAGUCCAAUCGAAAUAUCAUCUUCCCAUACAGGAGGAGGGAAUGAUUUUAUUUCUGAGAAAGCCGCUGAAGAAAUCUUUGAGUAUGGGCGAUGCCUCCUUUUGGAAAAGCCUUAUAGUUGCAAUCCUUUUAUUUCCAUUUUAGACGACAGAGAACAUGUCCUGUUUCAUGCGUUUACCCCUCAAAAUUUCUCAAAACUUAAAGAUGAGGGUAAAAUACCCGUUGUUUGUUUUUUUAAUUUUUCUCCCGCACCGACCACUGCUUCCUGGGCAACACGAAAUAUUAUCUUGUGUUUGCGGCUGGCACUACCAUCCACGACAUCGUUUUCAUUCUUAGCCUUACGCCCUGGUGGGGUGGCUAGUAUCUGGCACGUAGAAUGCACCUGUAAGCCUCUGUGCGCCUUGUCUGUAACUGCCGCUUUGAGUACCAUACGGAAUCGUCGUUCCGACUCUGGAUUCCACGAUGAAGCCCCAAGACAAGCCAACCAUUUAGCUCUUCUAAGACCAACUGGAUGGCGAAGGAAAGGGGUGGCAGUAGUAGACCUUAGUACUAUGAUGGACCCCACCCUCCGCGCGGACGCUGAUUCCCUCCUCAACUUGGAGCUCAUGCGUUGGCGCGUUUUGCCAUCACUUGAGCUGUCAUCCCUAGCUGAAUGUAGGGUCCUAUUGCUUGGCAUGGGUACCCUGGGGUGCAAUGUGGCUCGCAACCUGCUUAUGUGGGGUGUGCGGCACCUCACACUAGUGGAUCGCAGUGUUGUUUCUUUCUCCAAUCUUGCACGUCAAUCUUUAUUUUCGGUAUCCGACGCUAGCUCUCGGCGCUCAAAAGUUGAGGCUGCAGCGGAUGCCUUACGUGCUAUUAUUCCCACUGUGGAUGCGCAUCACGUGUUAAUGACUAUACACAUGCCAGGUCACCGAACCGAUCCCACCAAGGAUGCUGAAACCAAGGCCGAAAUUGAAAGACUUGUUCAGUUAAUACAGGAGCACGAUGUAGUUUUUCUUCUGACAGACAGUAGUGAAGCACGGUGGUUGCCAACGGUGAUUGCCGCGGCUUACAGUGUUCCCGUCAUCAACGUCGCCUUGGGCUUCCACCAGUACGUGGUGAUGCGGCAUGGCGUGGGGUCACCGGCCCCCCCCUCCUCCAUCGGGUGCUACUUUUGCAGUAGCGUCGUCGGGCCUCUGGACAGCGUGAGCGGGCGCGCCCUCGACGAGCAGUGCACCGUCACCCGCCCCGGGGUCUCCGCCAUCGCGUCCGCGAUCGCGGUGGAGCUGCUGGCCCAGGUCUAUCAGCAUCCCCGCCGCUUCUACUGCCCCGCCUAUCGAGGGGAUUCCAACCCUGAGGCCAUGCAAGAGAUCCGUUGUCUGGGCGCCAUCCCACACCAGAUUCGUGGUGAUGUAUACCGCUACGGCGUGCGCCUAUUUUCUGCGGAGCGGAGCCCUUAUUGCACCGCAUGCUCAGAACCUAUUUUGCUCACAUACCGAAAUCUGGGCGUUGAUUUCUUACUUCGUUGCGUCAAUGAUCCUGCCCUUAUCGAAGAAGCAAGCGGAGUGAUGGCGUUGAGGGAACAAUGCCAUACAGAAUUAGUGGACAUGGAACUGAUUACUAGUAGUGAAAAUGAAUCACCCUAA